AUAAGCCAUCCAUUACAACUUAUACUUCGGAUGCGCAAUCCGGUUCGCUCCCUCGUCCCGCCCUUGGCAUUCUGCCUGGCGAGCGAGCGCGUGUGCGGCGCCUGAUGAGAGUGACCUCGUAUUGGCCAUAGCGUGGUGUGAAGCGGCACGAAGUUAGCGGCGUGCAUGCACUUGCGAGGACUGUACGGUGCGUCUCAGCGUCUAGCAGCAGGCUACGCGUACCAGCCAGCACGAAGGAGUUUGCCACGACGACUACGAUUCCUAAUCGGCUGCAGAGGAGCCCGGAAACUGAAACUCCUUCACCUCGCCCAUAGCAUAUCCGUGAGUAGACGUCUGUGGUCGUAUAAAACCUGCUCUAUAUCAUGAACAAGAAAGAGACUACACGUGCCGUAAAUGAGGUCGUUAUCGCCUCUUUUGCCAGGACGCCAAUUGGAUCAUUUCGUGGUGCCUUGGCUGCGGUCCCAGCAACGAGGCUCGGCUCCAUAGCAAUCAAAGGGGCCGUAGAGAGAGCAGGGAUCAAGUUCGAAGAUGUCCAAGAAGUCAUUAUGGGCAAUGUGGUCUCGUCCGGGGCUGGCCAGGCACCAGCAAGGCAGGCAGCUUUGGGAGCAGGUCUUCCACUGUCUGCACCAUGUACAACAAUAAACAAAGUCUGUGCUUCGGGAAUGAAAGCAAUCAUACUGGCAGCUCAGAGCCUUAUGUGUGGAUCUCAGGAUAUUAUGGUUGCCGGCGGAAUGGAAAGCAUGUCGAACAUACCGUACUACUUGGCGCGAGGAGAGACUCCGUACGGAGGGAUUCACUUACAGGAUGGCAUGGUACACGACGGCAUGACUGACGCUUACGACAAAAUUCACAUGGGGACUUGCGCUGAGAAAACUGCCAAGAAGUACGAAGUCUCGCGAGAAGAUCAAGACCAGUUCGCAAUGGAAAGCUACAGGAGAAGCGCAGCAGCUGCAAAGGAAGGCAUCCUCGCCAAAGAAAUUGUGCCGGUGACGAUACCUGUAAAGCCUGGAAAGCCCGACGUUGUAGUAACGGAGGACGAAGAAUACAAACGUGCCGAUUUUGACAAGUUUUCUAGCUUGCCAACUCCGUUCGUCGAAGAAGGCGGUACCAUUACGGCUGCAAAUGCGAGCGGCCUUAACGAUGGCGCUGCUGCUUGCGUUUUGAUGACUCGCCAGGCAGCCGAGCGGCUUGGAGUGAAGCCCCUGGCACGGAUUGUCGGCUUUGGCGAUGCCGCUGUGGAGCCAGUGCACUUUUCAAUUGCUACUGCAUACGCAAUGACAAAGGUUUUGAAGGAAGCUGGCUUGACAACUGAUGAUGUGUCCAUGUUCGAAAUCAACGAGCCUUUCAGUUCCGCGGUACUAUGCAACAUGAAGCACCUCAAGUUGGACCACUCUAAAGUAAACAUUCAUGGAGGCUCAGUCAGCCUUGGACAUCCAAUUGGGGCAUCUGGUGCAAGGAUCACAGGACGCUUAGCCCUUCAUCUAAAGCAAGGACAGUAUGGAAUGGCUGCCGCCUGCAACGGCGGUGGCGGCGGCUCCGCCAUACUCAUCGAGAAGCUUUAACUCUUCGUAUAACUGUAUCCCAAGAGGAACAGUCUGAAGUCAGGAACUUCGGCAGACUAUCCGAUCCACAUGCCUUGUUUUCUUUUCUGCUAACCAAACCAUCAAUAAAGGUUUCAGGC